AUGUAUUCCAACACCCUUUCAACCGCAGCGCUCCUGGGCCUUGCCACUGUUGGCAGCUCCAUGCCUCACCAGCGAGAUCAGAGCAGCAGCGACAGCAACGCACCGCCUGCGGCUCAAUGGGGCGGCAGCGAUAGCGUCUUCAAGUUCCCGCUCGCCAACGGCUUCCCCAACAUCGCAAACCCUUCAGACCAGCUCAACCAGAUCCAGCAAGACGCCCGUGGCACACUUCCCAAGGCUGCUCCCAACGCUCCAGCCCCAGCCACACCUCAGCCAGAUUCACUCACUUCCCUUGGAUUCAUCGCGUUUAACGAGCUGUUCGAAGUGGCUUUCUUCACGGAGUUGUUCAACAACGUCACCACUGGUGCUUCCGGUUUCCGCGAGGGCGAUCUUCUCGGUCAGGACAAGGCCAAAAUUCUCAGCAUCCUCAAGAUCGUCAUCGCCCAAGAAGAGCUCCACGAGCUGAACGCCAAUGGCGCGUUCCAGAAAUUCACGGGCCAAAUGAUCCAGCCCUGCCAAUACAAUUUCCCCGUCUCCAACUUCAAUCAAUCCAUCUCCCUCGCCUCCACUUUCACCGACGUCGUCCUCGGCACUCUCCCCGACAUCCAAACCCUCUUCGCCAACGCCAACGACAACGCCCUCAUCCGCGGCGUGGGCUCCGUCAUCGGCCAAGAAGGCGAACAAAAUGGCUUCUAUCGCGACAUUUUGGGCAAAAACCCUUCUGCCCUCCCUUUUCUCACCGCAUCCGCCCGCGACUUUGCCUUUUCGGCCAUUGUCCAGAAUUUCGUCGUUCCGGGCUCGUGUUCAUCUUCUCUGGAUAUUUUGCAGCGAGGCGGUUUGACUAUCUUUGAUCUCUUGACGGUUGUGAAUCCACCUACGACCCCGAUGAAUCAGAAAGUCAUGUUUCGCUUGAAGACUUUUUUGCAGAAGAUGGAAUUCUCUGAUUUCCAGGACAAUCUUUUCCUCACGUAUAUCAACCAACUCAACGCUCCCAUUUCCGUCCCCAUCGAAGACGCGAAGAAGAUCAAUAAUGAUGAUCACAGCAGCAUCACGAUCCAAUUCUCGGCAAAUUUCCCCGGAGCGGAUAAUUUGAUGAAUGGAUUGACGAUUGCUGCUGUUACCAAGGGAAAGGAUUUUGUGGAUGUGGGAGCUGUGGCGAACAACACCCUUUUUGGACCGGGGUUGAUUGAGAUUAAUUGA